AUGUGUGUGUGGGUGUGGGUGUCAGGCUGAGUCGGCGUCGGCAGGACGUGGGGCGCGGCGAUGGGCGGCGCGGGCGCAAGCGCGCGUGCGCGGUGGGCGGCGCGCACUGUUCACCGGCUUGCGCUGCGACGCGCACGCAUGAAGCCCAAGGAACAAGCCGCCGAGGACGCGGCGCGCCGCGCGCCCGCCACGCGCCGCCAGGAAAAGCCACCCUUCUCCUACAUAGCCCUAAUCGUCAUGGCGAUCCGACACUCGCCCAACAAGCGCCUGACCCUGAGCGAAAUAUAUGCGUUUCUGCAACAGCAAUUUGCGUUUUUCCGGAGCUCCUAUCAGGGAUGGAAGAACUCCGUGAGGCACAACCUCAGCUUGAACGAGUGUUUCGUCAAGCUGCCUAAGGGCCUCGGCAGGCCCGGGAAGGGGCACUACUGGACGAUCGAUCCGUCGUCGGAGUUCAUGUUCGAAGAGGGAUCUUUUCGACGGCGGCCGCGUGGUUUCCGGCGCAAGUGUCAAGCCUUGAAACCACAGUUCGGAAGUAGUGGUUACCUGUGCGGCGGAAUGGGUGCGCUUCCUGCGCCUCAGCCACCGAGCUACGAGCUCGCGAGCGGCAGCGGCGCGGGCGUCGGCGGCGCGCCGGCCAUCGAGUACGGCACUUGCGCCUACACGUCCAGCCAGCAGCUGGGCUACGGCGGCGAGUACUGCGCGUACGGCAACAUGGGCGAGCGAGAGUGGCCCCUCGCGUACGGGCCCGUGGAGACUGCCUAUCGACCGCCGCCGCCGCCCUCGCCGUCGCGGCAAAUACAAGAUAUCAUUCCUUCCUACCAAUACACCGUCUCCAACGAUCAUGGUGCAGCGUCCGUGUUUCCGGGGAUGCGUGGGGUCCAUGGGCAGAUGCUGUCCGGGGGCUCUUUGACAGCUGGCUCCAUCAGCGGGCUGGGUGGCUUCGGUCACCACCUGUCCUCGCCGCUGCCGGUGCCAACGCCUGACCGCAAGCCUCCUACCCCCCUGUCGGCUCUUCCGCCGUCUGCAUCCAUUGCACAGACAUCAAUUCCACCGACGACAUCAACGUCUUGGAUUUGAAAACUUUUUUGGUAAAUUCAAACUUCGUAUCCUGAUAUGAAGAAGGCUACAAUUACUUGUAUACGACACUGUGAAAGAUGUCGUUACGAUCUUAAUUGAUUAACUAUACCUAUUAAAGUAUUAAUAAUUGAUUUAAGGGUUGGAAUUAAAGAAAAUCUUGAAUCUACAUACGAAAUUGACAAUAAUUGUCUCUAAAGAUAUUAAAAGCGUAUUAUUUUAGUUAUUAUAUUUAAAAUAAAUAAAUAAUUGGAAACUAAAAGUUAUCGAUAUUGAAUGAAAAAUUAAUAUCUAUCUAAGUAUCAAUAUUAGAAGCUAAGAUAGGUACCUUAAUUUUUAAUCAUUUGAUGUAAGUGUGUAGGGUGUAGAAUACAAUACUGCACCGUAGUAUUUAGUAGGUACUUAGAUACAUAGAAAAAUCAUUAGGUUUAAGUCUUCCACUACGUCACAUUAGUAAGUAUUUCAGCUUAAAUAUUAUUAUUAUUUCUAAAGACAUAUUAUAAAUGCGCAGUUAAUAUACGCGCAUUUUAUUAGGUAGGUACGACUUACCGCCAAAAUAAAUUAAGUAACUAAGUAAUAUGGCUAUUAUAUUUUGCACUAUCGAACUAUUAAUUAUUAUUAUCUAAUUAUUAUUAAUACUUUCCAAAAACACACCUAAGCUAGAAAACAUUGAAAAGAAAUUAAUGUUUUGUGUAAGAAAAUACCAAAAGCAAUUUAAGCAUUUUUAAGGCGACACGUCAGUGGCGGACUAAAGGAUGAGAUAGCUCUCUAUAGCGUACUCUAUCUAACUUUUACUCAGACUUAAGGUGCAU